UCCAACCAAAGAAGUGAUGUGAGAAUUCACUUUUGGCCUUCUCUGUUUGGCCUCACAUCUUUGCCAACAUCUCCCACCUACACAAAGUUUAUAAAUCCCUCUUACCACCAAACAAUGAACCUCUCUCCCUCACACAGACACAGACACGGACACAAACACACAAACUCUCUCUCUCUCUCUCUCUCUCUCUCAAACGCCAGCCAAAAUGGGAACAUGGAGCAAAGAGAAAGGGGUGCUGGUGAGCGUGUACGUAGAGAAGCCGAAGAGGCACCACCACCACAACCACCAUCAUAUUCAUCACGCCGUCAAACGAGAGAUAAUUCAUUACAGGCAGGGUGCCGGUGGAAAAGGGUACAUAAUUAGCAGGAGAGCAGAGCUGCUUCAGUACUCCCAAUACCUUCGUCAAUCUGCUCGAUCAGCACCGCCAUCCACACCCUCGUCAAGGCCAAACAUCACCAGUAGUCAACAGCCUCAUACCCACCAGGUAGUGGGUGUGCGCAGAAAGCCGAACAAGAGUUCAAGUUCAAAAGCUCCAACCUGCUUUGGCAACUGGAAAUUACCGAACGUUUUUGGAAUUUUCCAAGCUAAGAAAGGGAGGAAGACAAGGAAGAUGCCUUGGGGUAACAGUAGAACCACCACCAGUAAAAUAAAAGCUGCUGUAAAAAGCCUAAAGGUGCAAAAGCAGCGGAGCCUUUUUUCCAAAGUUUUCUCAGCACCAACAAAGCGAUAGUGAAACACUAGCAACCCAUGUCAUUUUUUACAGAUACCAGUUUGUGAUAUUUAUUGCUGAAGAAAUAAUUUUCGUCAUGACGACGGAUGCAAAUUUCAAUUCAUUUGAAAACAAUCUAACUAGUGAUGCUUAGCUUAA